GAUAUGGCAAAGGGGAAAAUGCGUAAAUCUUUAUUAAAUUGAUAUUUUUUAUGUUAAUAAUCGUAUAAUAAUAAUAAUAUCGUCUAUUCUCGAGGAACACGUGGCAAGGUUGACAAGAAAUUCAAACGAAAGUGGCAUUUGCGCAUGUUCGAUAUUUUUGGCGCCGCGGUGACAUUUCCUGCCCGCGACGCGCUUCACGCGCUUGCAGUUUCGCGUGAGCUUGCAAUGGUGGAGGACGUUUUGGCGACCGGUGGAAAUUUCGAGGAUCUUUAUUGAAAGGCGCGCGUAUAAACGUGCAAAUUUAUCGCACAUCUCAUGAUAACUCAAACCAAGGACCUCGCGAAGGACACCUUCGACGAUAUGUCUACCGACGAAAGGCCGAGCGACACGCAACAUCUAACGACGAUGACAAGAAUUGUCGGGGUGUGCACUGCUGUUGUUGUGUGCGGCGUCGGCGCGGAUGUGGCGUACCAUCGACACGUCAUGGGGCUUUACGUUACGGCGGCAUCGGGCGCGAUCUUCUUCCUUGAAGUAACUUGGGCCAUUACCUUGUUUGUACAGCUCUGCGUCAGAAACGAUAAGCUGAACAGGCGCAGGGGGUUAAAAGGGCCCCAGGGAACUAUCGUUGAGUCCAAACCGCGGCAGGAUAACACGGAAAAGAAGCAGCGCAAAGCCAGCCGGCAAUUACCAACCAGGUCGGAAGUUUGCCCCAGUUUUCCCCGCGUUUCCCGACGAACGGAUGAGGAAACGCGGACCACCGGCAAGCACCUAGAUAAAGCUUUACGAUGCAAAGGACGAAGCCUUUACAAAAACGAGGAUUCUUUCUGCUCGCGUUGUUGGUCCAACGUUCUGAAAACCACGCGAGGCUGGCGAAGAGCAUUGCUGUACUUACCGUUGUCCUGCGUCUUGGCAUGGCGACCCAAUAAACUUUGGCUUUCCUAUGUUGCGGCCGGCCUGUUGGCGGUAUUGUCCUUGCUGCAUAUUGCAUCGAGCGCGCUAGGACGACGAGAUCCUUGUCAAUCGAACGCUGGGACUGAUUCGGUAGGCGAGAGUCUCUUGAACUCCAGGCAGGACAAUUACGAUCGCUUCGAGGAAGUCCUAGUGACGGAAGUCCUCGAUGACUGCGUGUCAGGAUCAGGACGCUGUCCCGGGGACAGCGACGGCGAGAUAUGACACGAGCGACGGCCCUCCUGGGCCAGCGAAUCCGAUGAGGACAGCGAGAUUGAACAGAGGACAUGUCAAAUCGCCACGUUAUCAUAGUCCUUCGAAAUCGACCUGAGAAAUCUCCGAUUCGAUUUGAUCUUGUAUCAAUCGAAAGUAAACGGUUCUGCAAGGAAAUGAACGUUAGAGACGCGCGAGGCCGAAAUAAUGCCAUCUAAAGCUGUGCAAAUUAAAUGACCAAAAAGUCAUGUUGUGUACGAGAUUUAAUCUAAAAAAAAAGAAAGACAAAAGAGCAUACUGAAUUUACUGAUUUUUUAAUCUGCUAAAAGAUGCUAAAAGAAUCUAAAUUCGAUGAUGUAGUAAUGGAAGAGAUGUAUAUUGCAUGCGCGUGCGUACGCGUGGAGGAAUGAAAAUAUGCGCAAAUAUUUUUCUUAGAUAAAAAUAUUUGUUAGUUGAUGAUUUUCUAUGCAUUAUGUAUUUCAGAACAUAACAGGUACAAAUGUAUAUUAUAAUUGCAUGAUACGUACAAAACUAUAAAACUUCGGUAAGAUGAUCAUUCAGUAUGCUACUAAAUUGUAUACAUGUUACACGAUUGCUAAUAAAUACUUUCUAAAAGU